CCUGGCUACCAUGCAUUCGGUACCAGCAACCGGAACGACUCGCGUCUAGUAGCCGUUGCACCGCGUUGCCAUCGUUUUCGUUCGCGUACCGCGCGCUAGCGGCUUCUCAUUACACAUUGACGCCAGUUUAAUUGUGGAGUUAGAAGUUUAUGACAGACAGCGCGUAAAAAGGGGCUGCGCAAUGUAAGAGCCAAGCCCUGGUAGGCGGUCGUGCGGGGGAAGGGAAGGGAAUGGAAGGAAACCGAGGGCGCAUGGAAAAAAGGCCCAUCCCUUCCCUUGUUUCGGCUCGACGCGUGUUUCGUGUUCCGUUGUGUUUGCCGUUGAAACGCGCGAGUGCUAGAGGGGUGCUUGCUUCGACCGUCGCCACCAACGCCAAACCGCGUAGUGCAGAUCUCGUUAACACAGCAGGCCUCGGUGUGUGUGCUUGGCAUGCCUUAGCAUGGCCUGCCGCGUGAUGGAAUGUAUGAGCGUGCCCUCGCAGUGUCCGUUUUGAAUGGAAGUUCCUCGCGAAGCACGAUCGGGCAAAGGACAUUCCGUGCUGCAUCAGAUCAUCACAAACGGGUGGCCGUAUGCGUUACUGCAGGGAAAAUGCUUAUGAAAAUGGGUGAGGAGAGUGCAACUGCACGACAGACUGCCCGAGGCAAACACCAACACAACCAACACCGGGGCGUUGCUGCAUCGCUGAGAGUGCAACCGGAAGGCGUUUGUAAAGUCCAAAAAGAAAAAAAAACACUAGCGUGGAAAAUCAUGUUAAGCAUACUAGACGAGACGGGCACGAAACAGUGAACCAAAUCCGGCUGCAACCAAAUUGGUCACGUACAGGGUGUUGCGUUGUUGUUGUUGUUGUUACUGGACCGACCUCCAGCUCGUCCUCGUGAACGACUGCGACUCAAAAGUGAAAACACAUUGUUCCAAGGAUUGGCGCCCAUUUGCGGCACUUUUAGCUCUUUGCACCCCCGGCUCGAGAGGGGGAGGCAAAAAUCACUUACAACGUGGUGAACAGCAUCCUGCACCAACAGCAAAGAUGGGCGAUGAUGUCAUAUGCAUCGAAUCGGACGAGGAUGACGAGGAAGCAGAUGACGAAGCGGGCUCGUCGCGUGCACCUCGCACACCACGUGGCGUACGUGGUGGUGGCAAGAGGGAACGGCAGCAGAACCGUUCGGCAUCGACGGGUGGUGGAUACUGGCGACAACGGCGCAUCGCACGAGCUGCAAGGCGAAAGCGUGACCUUAACGGUGGCGGCAUCGGAGAGCAAUCCACCGUAGCAUGGCUUCAGGGGGAGCUGCAGCGAUUGCGCUGCGCCGGUCCACGGAAAUCCGACCCCCAGUCCGUCCGGUGUGCGCUGGCCUGUCAAGUGGUUCACCGAGUCCGGGAGCUUGUGCAGGAGUUUCAAUGUCGCACUGUCGCCGCUGGUACUGGUUCCACUUCAGCUGCCAUUGAUAGCUGCCGGCCCUCGACGGAGCGAACGAAAUGCUGGCGACACGUGCUUCAGUUUCUAUUGCGUACCAGCGAUACUGGACCGUACCGGAAGUUUGACCCAACGAUCGGCAGUCUGCAUCGCUGGCAGCAGCAGCAGCAGCAGCAGCACCAACAGCAGGACAUAUGCGACGAUCAAGCAUCAAACAGUACAGUGAAGGAAGAGGAGCAGGUUCGGUGCGAACAUCGUCGCUACCAGCUGACAGUGAUCGAUAUACUGGUGGACUACAUCCGCUUCCGGUGUGAGGAGAUGGUGGCACAGGUGGCGACGGUGGCAACGGUGGCCGCGACAACGGCUACUCAACCCUCAACAUCCGCUUCAGCGCGCCUCCUGCUAGCCGAAUGCAAUCGGAUCGUUAGCGCGCUGUUUGUAAUCUUCGACGGUGACAUGGAACCGGUAACGCUGACCCUGCUCCACCUCGACACCACCGAUCGACGCUACACCCUGCUCCUCUAUCCACUGUUCGAGAGCAUCCUCCGGCAUCCUGGUGCCAGUGGCCUGGCCACCAUCAAAGCAACGGAACAGCAAACGGGCGAUGGUGGAAGAACCGCCAGCGCCAGGAGUUGGAUCAGCUGCCCGACCAUCCCGUGCUACGUACGGGUGUUGCUGUGUUUUCAGCGCUGGAAAGCGCUUGUCAGCAGCCGUGCGGACCGAGCUGUCAUCGAGGGAUACGCGGUCCAGCUUAUGCCGGCCCGAUGCCCAACCGUUCAGCUGACAGCUGACGUUGCAUUUCUGCGGCUGCUACCAGCCGUCCCAGCCGUGCAGCGGACCAGUGAAACACGUUUUUUGCUGGCGAGCGAAGGUCUGUUCGAGCUGGACCAGUGCAUCGGCCAGUACAUGAACCAUUAUCGAUGGACCUUCUGCAAAGGAGGAGGCGGAGGAGGAGGAGAUGGUUCCGUUCCAUCACCAUCAUUGGCCACCAUCAGCGAUGUGCCAUCAUCGCCGUUCCGGCUGAGCAAACACCGAAACCCGGCGGAGAAUGAAAGUAAUUACAUCAACGUGCGGCUGCUGGCCGAGCUGAUCGAACGGAAGUCAGGGCUCUGGUGUGCCGAGCAUGAACGUGGCCAGCGUGAACAGGAAGUGGAUUCGCUCGUCAACGCUGUGCGAUUGAUAUUUCGCAAUCGGGUCGAGUUCUGUGAGCUGACGUUGCUGCAGAUACCACGACUAGGCCGCCAACCGGUGAUGGCCGGUGUUUUUGAAGCAUUGCUAACACCUCAAACGGCGCAUUCUAGCCCAGAAACAGCCACUGGCCGGUCCAUCUACCGAUGGAACGAUGUCGAAACGUACGGACGGUUGAUGUUGUGUUAUGCCAAAUGGAAGACCCUCUACCGGUGGCUGGAGGAUGAUGGGGAACUGACCAGAGAGUGGGCACGGAUCGAUGCCAUUGCACUGUCCCAGCUACCGAAUGAUUUUCCUCGAUCGAUCUGCCCGAGGGAUGUGCUAUUGAGACGGAUUCUACGACCGAAGGACGGUGACGCUGGUUUGUUGUCGAUGAGCCAGCGGCAACGCCAGUCCACAACACCAACCCGAUUCUUCCUGCAGACGUUACCGGAGCGAGCUGAUUUGCAAGAGCUGUGCUACAAGUUUCUGGAUGCAUCGCGCUGUCAUCCCGAUGGUACGUCACCGAUGGUGGAGUUGAGGGAACGACACGAUACACACCUGCCAUCGCAGACAAGCAUCGCAUACCAAUCGCUGGAAAGCAUCAUCGGCAGCAGCAGCAGCAACCAUCGUGCCGGUUCAAGCGCAACAUCUCUCGCUGCAUCCGCAUGGCCUACCUUGCAGCCGCGAAACUCCACCAUCGUCGACGCUGAACUGACGCGAACGGAAAUGAAACCGAUUAUUAUUCCGGACAGUGGCACCGAUGGUCGAGGAUCCGCGCUGCCGUUGUCAGUAUCCGGCAACACCGCCGAACAUCUCCUCGUUCAUCUGCCGUUCGGCAGUGCAAAGUCAACGUUGGUGUGCGAACCAACAACGCACCACAACACCUACCACCAGUCCAUCACCACUGGUCCUGCGCCGGAGGUCCAAACACCGAAAUCAUUCGUGGUGUACGACGCUACACAACCCACAUCCGGUUGCGGUGACGAGCCUCCAGGGAAUUCAGGCCAGCUUUCGGCCAGCAUCAUCACGGUACUGGACGGUGAUGGUGCACUCGCUCUCGGACCGGAGUUGGCGGAAUGUUUUCUCAACACACCACCUGCCACGCCACAGCAGCAGCACCAGCACCAGCAGCAGCAGCAGCAGGAGGUGUUGCCAAGCGAAUUAUUGGUGGUUGAAGAGGACCGAAACCGGAAUGUAGCUCCGGAGCAGCAUGCACAGACUGGAUGUCGGUUAGCGCGGUUGAAGGGCACUCUCGAAGCGAUACCAUCGCGAAGGAGAAGGUCCCAGCGACCGCCAGCAGCGACGGCACUGACCGCUAGGCGUCCCCUUGGCAAGAGACGAGCACGCCGUGGAAGAGGACAACGUCGAUCGAAGCAAGCUGUCCACCAGUGGCCAUCGAUAAUGAGGAUCGGAUGCAUCCCCACCACCGAGAUGACACUAUCCGGAACAGACGCAACGCGUGAAGAUCGAUCGAAGGACGAGCUGCUGCUCGAGCUAAUAGGCGGUCUGGAGGAAGAAGAGACCGUCGGGCAACAGCCAGACAUCGAUUUUACCAUCCUGGCGGACGGCGAAACGGUGGAGCACCUGGCGCCUCCAUCGACGCUCAUCGACACUUCGGCGUCCAUCUUUGGAACAGAGGGACAAAGCGAUGCUCCGUACGUUCUGCUGUUUACCGAACCGGACGGACCGUUUUGCUGGCCCGUGAGCCAGUAGCCCAGUCCGCCGAAUCUGCCAAAAAUUCGCCUUCGGUUCGGUUCGCCUACCAGGCGCCUCCAUUAUCGGUUGUCUUGCAAAAACGAAACAACCAGCUCAUCAGGCUUUCACCGGCUGGCUGUGGUCAAUUGGUUGGCUUUUCAUUGUCCGUGGUGGCCGUGGUCGGCGUUGGAAUGUAAAAGCCAAAACACACACGUGCUACCCUUUCAAAGUCCUGGUCGACAUCAAAUUUGUAGUCAGAUAAGGGUAUUUGAACAGGUAAACCAAUCCAUUUCAUUCCCUGCAGUUCAUGUGUAUAUCGUCAUCAUCAUCAUCAUUGUCGUCGUCGUCGUCGUUGUUGUUAUUGCUGUUGUGCUGCUGCAGUUCUUUUCGUGCGCAAACGUCUCUCGAUCUCCCUCCUAAUGGGUGCGAGUUCUUUUACCAUGGCCUCGGUGUUAUCGGUAUACUAAUCCCCAAGUAUUUAAAACAAAAAAAAAACAAUCUUCUCUCUAACCACGUGUGCAUGACGUUUGCCUUACGCUAAUUUUAAGAGUCUGUCGCAGAGACAGAUGAUGAAGAUGUUGAAGUUCAAUUCAAUGACGACGAACCAGGACCAGUGGGAUGAUACCAGUAAGAUAGAAGCUAUUCGUAUUUGGUUCGAUCUCGGCAUAAAUACUUAUAAGGAUUUCACUUUUGCAACUGUGUAUACUAAUCGGUGUUUAAAGUAUUCGUUCUCUUAUAUAGGACCAAGCCCAACUUACUGAGCUUAGGAAGCGAAGGUGUUUCUCUUGCAAGUACCGUCUAGUAACAGCAACAGCCAAUCAUUUGCCGACAAUCGUUCCACGUUUAGUUUUUACAAGAAAGCAAGCCAACCAAACGACUUGAGUAAAUGCAGAAGCACAACGGAAAGGAAAAAUAUAGAAAGCUUUAGAAGCUGAUUAUGUUUUAAGAGCAUAGGAAGCAACAAACACCAAUUUCUGGUCACUCAUUUAAUACAGAAAAAAAUCAUAUAAACACAAAAACCUUCAAAACGGCUUACGUACGUCUUGUUCCCCCCGGGUCUAGGACUUUCUACGUGAUUCACAACAACGAAAUUAUUCCCAUUUUUUUGUGUGAUUUUCGCGAUGAAAGUGAAAGCAGAGAAAUGCUGUAAAUGUGCAGGAGCGCACGCGCUCACCUCGUGGUUGUGGUGCGUCAUUGCAAACGGCUUGGGACACCCUUUGUAAUCAUAUUCCAUCAAGCCCCAAAACCAUGUUAUCACCGCUCAUGCCUUCAAAACCGCCACCCAUUCACCUAAAGUAAAAACAAAAAAGCAAGGGGCCACGUGCCCCGUACGCCUCUUCCCAUUUUUUCCGGUGGUGCCGAAUGGCGACGGUUUUUUGGUCACGGUCACGAAUUUAUCGGUUUCGAAGAAGAAGCAGCUUCCUGUGGAAGCCAGGAGCGGAAAAAGAAGCGGUGGUAGAAGUGGAAUGAAUAAAGACGAACAACUACACUUUCAUCACACAAACAUACAUACAUACGCACACACAUACACAAGAAAAAAAACAAUUUGAAACCAAACAAACUAUGAUCACGGGAUGAAGCGUUUUCUCCACAGACAGUGAAACUGGCUAGCUGGGAACCAAAGAAGCACUGUAUCAGUACAACAAAGCUUGACGGGCAACGAGACACAAACCGGAAGCAUAAGCCAGCAUUCAGUCAGCAGGGACCCUCUUCCUCCUACCCCCCGCACGAAAAAGGUGCCCUGCUGACUCCAUUGUGAGCACCGGAAACUCGGAACCCCGGCAACAAUCAACUCGUAAGCAACGCGCAAAAGCAAAAGCAAAAUGGUUGAAAACCAAACCCAACUCGCCCCUUUUAGUCGUUAAGUGAUCGGAGUCGUAAGGAGCAGGAGCAGACAAUUGGUGCUAAGCAAGCAAGCACGGGUUAGGGAUUGAAGGUGGAAGUGGAAGUGUUACCGUAGAAUUAAGAAGUAUCGUCGGAACGUCACUUUGCCGCCGUGCUGGACUGUGACGAUAGUCCUUGUCACACGAAAGUGGCGGUGAAAUGUUCCGUCUAAACUCACACAAAAUCCACGUAUUUAUAGAAAUGAUAAGCAGCAUCCAGAGCACCCAAAAGCAUUGGGCAACAUAACUCCAUGAGCGAAGCCGCCGGUAACGGUGACCGGCCAUGUCUACUAUCAACCCAAUCAACAAUCAACUUAAAACAGUCAAUCUCGCAGGCAGGACAGGCAGGACAGGCAACAUGUUGCGAGCGCUGUAAAUAUGAAAGAAAGUUUCUUCACUAAACGCCCUCCCGUUUUCCUAUCGAUGGUUUCACAGCGAGCGCGUGCCGCUGUAGUGUUGGCAGGGCAGAAGGGGCUGCUGAUUGCGCUUAUAAAACUUGUAAAAAUAAAACGCGCAAUCUCCUCCCCCUCCUUCCGUGCGAUCUUCCGGCUGAGCUGGGCUGUAUUUUUGCAAUCAAUCAACCAACUAGUGCACUAAACCUUAUUGCCCCGCAAGUU